AUGUCAAAUUAUACUCGAAUUGAAGCUGAUGAACCAUUGACUGAAACUCCACAAAUACCAUUAGAAGCACCAUCACCACAGCAAUAUGAACAAGGACCAAUUGGUGUUGCUCAACCAUUAAAUCAUCCAACUUCUUGGGUGCAAAAAUUGAAACAAUCUUCACAUCCAAUUGCAUUAUUAUUUUAUAUGUUCUUUAGAAUAUCACCUAUAGUUAUUUAUAUAUUUGGAAAUAUUGUAAUUUCAUUAAUUGCUUCAAAUAAUAAAUUUAUAAUACAUUUUAUAACUAUUAUUUUAUUAAUUCUGGCUGAUUUUUGGAAUUUAAAAAAUAUAAGUGGUAGAUUAUUAGUUGGAUUAAGAUGGUGGAAUGAAAUAGAGAAAAUUGAAGGAGAAGAAGGUGAGUUUGAAAAUGUAUGGGUUUUUGAAAGUUGUGAUCCUACUAAAUAUAUUAAUCCAAUUGAUUCAAAAGUUUUUUGGUUAUUUUUAUAUUUAAAUCCUAUUGCUUGGUUUGUUUUGGGAUUUUUGGCAUUAUUGAAGUUUCAAUUUUUAUAUUUAUUAUUGAUUGUGAUUGCUUUGUUUUUAUCAAUUACAAAUGGUUUGGCUUUUACGAAAUGUGAUAAGUUUGGAAAGGCUAAUAAUAUAGCGAAUGAUAUUUUUUCAAAAGCUUCAGGUACUAUAUUUAGUAGACUCAAUCCAUUUGGUUAA